CCCUCCACAAUACACCCCCCUCCCCUUAUGAGAUGCAGCAAGGCUGGUGGGUUGACUGCGAGAGCCAGCCUGUAUCUCCCUCCUCCAUCCCUCUCGGUGUCUCGCUCCGCUCCUCCAACUGCAGCCUUCUCCCCGCCAGCAGCAUCCAGGACCAGCCAGAGACAUGAACUGCGCACUGCUGGCCACAUUCCUCUCCAGGAUGGGGAUGAUGCUCUUCUACCCAGGGCUGCUGGUUCAGAGUGCGGAUUUUAAUCAACCUGCUGACAAUUACACAGUUUGUCAGGGGGACAAUGCAACACUAAGCUGCUUCAUAGACCAGCAGGUAACCCGCGUGGCGUGGUUGAACCGCUCCAACAUUCUCUACGCCGGCAAUGACAAGUGGUCCAUCGACUCACGGGUGCAGCUGCUGACCAACAGCCUCUCCGAGUUCAGCAUAGUCAUCACUCACGUGGACGUAUACGACGAAGGUCUCUACACUUGCUCCUUCCAGACGCAGGACAAGCCCCACACUUCACAGGUGUAUCUCAUCGUCCACGUCCCAGCUCGGAUUGUGAACAUCUCCUCAGCCGUGACUGUUAAUGAGGGAAGCAACGUGAAUCUGCUCUGCCUAGCAGUGGGGAAGCCAGAGCCAACGGUCACCUGGCGGCAGCUGAAAGAUGGAUUCACCAGUGAAGGGGAGUACCUGGAGAUCACGGAGAUCAACCGGCAGCAGGCCGGGGAGUACGAAUGCAUCACAGCAAACGGCGUCUUGGCACCAGACAGCAAGCGCGUCAUGAUCACCGUCAACUACCCUCCCACCAUCACGGACGUCAAGGACUCGCGCUCCCUAGUAGGCAAGACAGCCCUGCUACGCUGUGAGGCCAUGGCUGUGCCGCCUGCCGAAUUCCAGUGGUUCAAAGAGGACAAACACAGACUAAUCGGCGGCUCGGAUGGAUUGCAGAUCCAGAACGAGCGCACCCGGUCCAUGCUGCUCUUCUCUAACGUCACCGCUCGGCAUUAUGGGAACUAUACCUGCCUGGCUUCCAACAACCUGGGCUCCUUCAACGUCAGCUUGCGGCUUAUCCGACCAGGCUUUCUGGAAAACCAGGCAGCAGCCAGUGUGGAAUCUCCCCUUUUCUUGGGCUUGCUCUCGUCCACCUUUGUGACUCUCUUGUUUAAGAUUUAGGGCCGCUGGGAAAUGAAGCCGAACCAGGAAAGGAAACAGGUGAAAGGGAAAGAAUGCAAGAGAGAAAGAGAGAGAAGGAGAGAGAGACAUCUCUACUUUCUGGGAAAGAUGAAGAGAGAGAGAAAUGAAAUUUAUCAAGAACCCCAUCACUGUGAGGGAUAGAAGAAGAAAAAAACAAGAGAAAAAAAUAUGCAUUUGUUUCUACAGCCAUUUAUCUUCACACUCCAUCUCAGACACUUCCAGACAAACUUGUUAUUUAACACAACUGAAAAGACAGAGGGCUCAUAAGGGGUAACGUCAAAGGACAUGUCUGUCCACCGCUCACCUCUGCGACUUUAGAGAGCAGCAGCAUUCUCCUCUUUGGGCCGGCUGGACCUUUCGUCUUUCGGAAGCACGGACCCUCCCGGGAUGACCGUUCCACGAAGGUGUUGGUGUUUGAUUUCCUUUGAAUUGUUUUAUUUCCCCCUCCUUCUUUUGCUGUUGUGUGGGGUGAGAAUAUCUGCAGUCUGCCUGUCUUUGGGGCCUUCUGUUGUUUAUUUUUAUACUUUGAUUUAUUUCAAACUGGGUUGAAGAUCUCUGUUGCAAACAGAAUUCCUUUCCCAAAUCAUUCAGACGGAUGUGAGGGCUGGUUUUGUGGCUUAGGGCCAGGCAAACUAUGAGGUCACUUUGCCCAGCCUGGAUGCCCAAAGGGGUCUCUUUUUUGGCGUUAUGAGCCACUCUGACUUUGUAUAAAAGCGCUCUGCAAAACCUGCCUGAAGGCCAGUGCGGAGAUUCGAACCCAGAGCCCUCCAACAUGAUGCUGCUCCAGAGUCCUUGGAAGAACUAUCAGGUCAUUGAGUUGGGUCCGCUACAUUUUUAAAGCAUGGAAAUCCCACCCUUUAAACCAUGGGGGUAGAAUGUCCUCUGCUUAUGGUGUUUAUUGGCAGGUAACCUUGGGUUGUCCGUAGACGGAAAGAAGGAAGAGACAUUUCCUUAUUGCUUAUUGCAAUGAUUGUUUCUUCAUUCAAGGGGUGAGGGCGGUAUAUUUUUCCUCUAGAAAAAUCAUUGCUCAGAACAUCUGCCAGCUUCUUAAAUCAGUAGUGUUCUUUUUUGUCCAUUCACCAAACCUUUUUCCUGGCAAUCUUGCUAGUGCUGAGGAUGCCCAUUUCCCACCCCCACCCCCUCCAAAUGCACAAACCACUUAUCUCUCUCUGUUGUCUGAACAGAAGGACGGCACACACUUGACAUUUCCCUAUUUAUAUCUUUAUCAAGACUGUAGACAGCAAAGAAUUGGUGGGGGUCUUAUGCCCUCAUGGAUACGUCCAGUCACCACUCUCUUUCGUUUCUUUGGCUUUCAUUUUUUGUCUAAGGUAAGCCUCUAGUCCUUUUUCUUGUGGGGACGGACGGAAAAGCAUGAGGGCAAAAUUCUUCCCAGUUCAUGACGUGAAGUCAUACAGUGCAGGAACUUCAAAGAUAUCAGGUGAUUUGUCCUGGCUGUUUGGCAAUUAUCCUCUGACCUCUUAGGUUCCCUCCCUGUAAAAGCUCUGGCCACAGGACUGAUCUUUUGGCCUGUGCUUUGCUUUUCCUAAACAAAUUCUAACAUUCUUUGUGAUUCACGAAGGUUCCCUUUUCCAUGGAAUUCUAACUAGGGCUUUGUGCAUUUGGCACAUCUGCACUCACACCACAAAAAGCUUCACAGUGGGAUUUAGCUGUGGAAGGAAGGAUCCGGAGCGUUCAUGGUUUUAAAAAUUAAGUUUCUAGUCCAUACUGUUGUGAGGAUCAGCUGGAGAAUGUGUGGGCAAUAUACUUGAUGAUAUUUCCAGGGACAACGGGCUCCUUACACAAUGGUAAAUUGGAUAAGACAAACAUCUCACCUACCUUUGGGAGAUGUGUGCACUCUGGGUUUUGGUUGUCUGUCAGCAAAAAUCAAGGUAGGAGGAGGAGAAAGUGAUAAUGUGGGAGGCGGGCCCAUGCAUUGGCAGCAUUUCUCGAUAAUAUGGGAAUGUCCAGUUACAGUUGCCAUCGGACUGUUUGGUGGCUACUCAGGAAUUGGCCUUCUCUGUGGCUGCCCCAGGGCUCUGGAAUGCACUCCCUGUCAAAAUAAGAACUUCUCCAUCUCUGGCUGUUUUUUUUUGUGGGUUUUUUUAAGCCUUCUGUUUAAGACUUCUGAUUUCUCAGGCUUUUAGUUAAUUAAUUGAUUUGAAAUGGCUUGUUUUAUAUCGUAAAAUUGUUUUAAUCAUUGUGUCCUGUUUUAUAUUUGUUGUAUUUUAAAUUUAUGUAUACUGCCUAGGGAGACACAUAUGUGAUUGAUUGAUUGAUUGAUUGAUUGAUAAUUAAGUUGGGUAAAAGUGCUGAGCAGGUUGACACUGUCAGAGGCUGUGCCCACCUCCAGUAAUGUAGCUGCAAAUUCAGAAGUGCUAACUGGGCAAAAAGGCACCUUUUUAAUGUGGUGAUUCUCUUUAUUUAGCAGGGGGAGAGUAACUGGCCCUAUCCACCCCCAGCACAGUACUUCCCGUGACUGUUGCUGGAGUCUGUCUCAUAUUUAGGAACAUAGGAAACUGCCAUAUACUGAGUCAGACCAUUAGUCUGUCUAGCUCAGUAUUGUCUUCACAGACUGGCAGCGGCUUCUCCAAGGUUGUAGGCAGGAAUCUCUCUCAGCCCUAACUUGGAGAAGCCAGGGAGGGAACAUGAAACCUUCUGCUCUUCCCAGAACAGCUUCAUCCCCUGAGGGGAAUAUCUUGCAGUGCUCACACAUCAAGUCUCCCAUUCAGAUGCAACCAGGGCAGACCCUGCUUAGCUAUGGGGACAAGUCAUGCUUGCUAUCACAAGACCAGCUCUCCUCUCCAAAUUUCUUUUUAGAUUGUGAGCCUUUUGGGGACAGGGAGCCAUCUUAUUUAUUUAUUAUUUCUCUAUGUAAACCACUUUGGAAACUUUUGUUGAAAAGUGGUAUAUAAAUAUUUGGUGGUGGUGGUGAUGUUCAUAUGCCCACCUCAACAGUCAGAGAAGAAAUACCGGUGGUUCAUCAACUGCAUGUUCCCCCCUCCACUACGCCUCUUCCUCGCCUCCCACCACAAUCACUUUCCCCUCUCCCUGUCUAGGUUUUUGCUGACAGGUGACCAAAAGCCAGAAGGGUGCACAGCUCCCAAAGUUGAAAUGAUGAUCAUGUGAACCAGCCUAUAGUGAGCCCAGAUAGGGCUUUCCAUGUGUGGGUAGCCUUUGGUGCUUAGCAGAGCUUCGGACAUUUUCUAGAAAAAUAAGGCUAGAAAAAUAAGGCUGGGGCGGACAGGCGUGGAAACAUUCUAGCCAAUGUUUUCUGCAUUGGCUAGAAAAAUAAGGCUGGAGACAGAUGAUGUUUGAGAUUUGGUUUGAUUUUUUCUGGAGUCACAUGUGGUUCGGAGGAGGGGCUCACUCCACACCAGGUCUGAACGACGUGGGCCCUCCUUCAGCUGUUGGACUACAACUCCUAGCAUUCCUGACUACAGAGUACUGUGGCUGGGAAUGCUGGGAGCUGUAGUCCAACAGCAGCCAGAGGGCCCAAGUUGUGCUUUAUGAUCCAGUUCUGGAAAAUAGGCUUGGCAUGUUUUUUUGUAUUGUCUGAAGGCAGGCUAUGGGUGGCUUCUAACCACAGAGGUGCAAGAGGAGAGGUCACAAAGGGGUGGUGAUAAUUGAAUAAGGGAUCCCUGGUGCAUUUUGGCAGACUUCAUUGGAGGCCUUUCUUCAACCCCAAACUGCCUUCCUUUCUAGUAUACCAGGCCUGCUCAGUGCUCAACUUUGGGCUCUCAGCUUAAGAGAGAGCAACUUCCUAGCCUUUAUGCAAGUUUCUAGUCCUUAAUGCUUCAUGGCAAUAUGCUUGAACUGUUGCUGGCAAUGCCUGAUGACAUUUCCAAAGCCAAAGGAGUGGCCAGACAAUUGUUCUUGCCUCCUUUCCCUCCCCUUGCUUAACCAAAUAAAUUGUGCAAAAGGGAGAACAUCUUUGGUUAAUUUGCAUAAUGUAUUUGGUUUUUUUCUUGAAUCUGGACUGCCUAGGUCAGGGCUGCUCAACUUCGGCCCUCCUGUGGAUGUUCGCCUACAACUCCCAUAAUCCCUAGCUAUUGGCCACUGUGGCUGGGGGUGAUGGGAGUUGUAGUCCAAAAACAGCUGGGGGGGGGCAGAGUUCAGCAGGCCAAAUCCAGGUUUCUGCCAGAAGAAUAUCUAGUUUUAGCUGGAGGUUGUCCGUAAAACUGUGGGCAUUUGGAGGAUGCUUAAUUCACCUUGGGGCCUCACUUUGGCCAUUGAUUAUAACCUCUGAGUGUUGCUCAUGCAGAAGUGGAGGCAUUUGUCAUGCCAAUGAGCAUGCUGGCCAAAGUCAUGUUAUGUAUGUUCACAAACCCAGUUAAAGCAGGAGUUGCACGAAGCCUCAUGUACCCUGGGGUGGGCUUGCAGAACCUGGAGUUGUAUACAGGAAUAACUUCCCAGAGAGCUGAAAGUGAUGCCAUACAGUAGGGAUGUGCAAAUCGAUUCAAAUUGAUUCAACUCGAAUCUGGGUGAUUCUCAAAUCAAAUCACCCCUUAAAAGGGCAAUUAGAUUAGAAUUCGAAUUGAAUCUUCAAAAUUAGAUUUGAAUUCAAUUCCAGAGCCAUUCAGCACCUUUUAAAAACUAUGUGGGGGACCCCGGUUGGUUAAAAAAAGGUGCCAAAACAGGCUCAAAUCGAAACUUAAGUAUGUAGUACACUGCUCUGGGCUCCUAGGAGGGAGAGCGGGAUAGAAAAUGUAAAAUGAAAUAAAAUAAAUAAAAUAGGUAAAUAUAUCGAUUCAAAUUUGAUUUUAAUUCAAAAUAAAUUUUCAAAUUUGAUUCAAAUCUAAACAAAUUUCAAAAUUCAAUUCGAAUUUGAUUCGGAUUCGAAUCACACUAAAAAAUUUGAUUUGAAUGUGAUUCGUAUUCGAAUCAAACUGAAACAUUUGAUUCAUGCACAUCUCUACCAUAGCUCAGCCAUCACCUUAAGUACAGAUACACGUACACGCUUAUUUGGUGUAUGCUGCCAGGGUCUCUGGCCACACUGCUUUGCAGGUUUUCCUAGCAAUUCAGGAACUACCCACAAAGCACAAAAUCUGCUAUAGUUAGCAUGCCCAGAACUGCGAUGUGUGUGUGUGUGUGUGUGUGUGUGUGUGUGUGUGUGUGUGUUCUGGUGAGACUGUCCCAGGAGGCACCCAACAGUUUACUGUCCAUGCUGAGUAACUUGCUCCCCACUCCGCACCAAUCAUUCCUGGAAAAGUUUGGGAAUGAUUUUAAUUUUAUUCUUUCUCAUUCUCUUUUUUUAAAAAAAAUGCCCGAAAGGAUGUAGGCACAAGAUAAGCACACGUGGUAUUUCAAGAAGGGGUAAAAAAGCAAUCCUCUCUUUUAGGCGUGACAUUGACUAGACCAGGAGUAAUAUGGUCUAGUUUAGCGGUUCCCAACCUGUGUCACUCCAGAUGUUGCUGAACUACAACUCCCAUCAUCCCCAGCCAUAAUUUCUUGUGGCUGGGGAUAAUGGGAGUUGUAGUUCAUCAACAUCGGGAGUGACACAGGUUGGGAACCCCUAGUCUAGUCAAUUUCUGUCGACAUGCCAAAGUCAAAGCUGCAAUUAGGAAAUAGGAAAAAAUACAAAAGUGGAAUUGACAGUGGGGCUGGUUAGGUCCUCUCCUCCACUAGCGUGGUGGAAUCUUAGUGGGGGGUGGGAGGGGGAGGAACUACAAAAGGCCAGCUUGGUCAACUCAUCGCCACUGUGAGGGCUGUCCAGUUUUAGCAGAAGCAGCUGUUUCCUUCCUGCCGUGGUCCCUGAAAUCUACCAAGAUUGCCCUCUUAGUAAUGCAACUGAUGUUGAACAUUCAGGAAGCAAAGGCAUAGGAAUGUCAGCAUAGCCACCAUUUGGCAAUCAAGUGGUUAUUUGUAUGUGUGAACAAACGGCAUCAGGUGGUUACCUGUAUGUGUGGACGUACCGCCAUCACAGAUCUAACACCACAGAAAGCACAUCCACCUCUCCUCAGACACAAUGAGUUUCCAGUAGAGCCAGUUCACUUCCAGUGGAGCCACAUCAAACCACAAAUCCUCAAGUGAUACGAAGGUCAAGUGAUAUGUGCGCAGAUGUGACCUGCCUCAGACUCCCCAAAGCCUUGAAAUGCAUCUUUCCGUAGCUGUAAGACCUUUCUGUUGAGCCUGUUUCGGAGAGCGGGGUUUAGCACUGCCGAGAGGAUCAGGCAACUUUAAAAUAUGCAAUGUGCACAGCUGUUUAAUUGAAUCCGAAUCUGCAUUUUUAACAGGAUUUGAUAUUAGUGUUUAAUCUGUUGCUACCCACUUCGGGCCCUCGGGAGACAGUGGACCAUACAGUCAGAUACAUUCACAAACAGGCGGGCCCAUUUCUGAGAGAAGGGGAUCAUGCAAUAAAUAAUUCUGAGGCGCCCACACCCGGUUCCCAGUUCCCUAGCAUCACGUCCUGAAUGUGGAUGUGGCAAAUCACCUACUAGUUAAAUGUAACAUCAGUUCAACGUGACCCCUCAUGCAAAGAACAAGGAAAGGCCUCCGGUUACCUUUGAUGGUGGGAAUCAUGGCCAAGUAGGAGGCAGGGGUCCUGGAGUUGGCACACUCCGUGGCCUCUGCUGACUGAUCUACCCGUGAAAUAACCCUGGAAGGGGUGACCCUUUCAUGAGGCAAGAUGAGGCAUGAGGCAAGAUGACCAGCCCCUUUGAUUGGGGCUGGUCACCAUCGGUACAGCUCUUUGGGACUGAUCUGACCUCUCCUCCCACUCCUUGAAAAGACUGCUAGAAACCCGAGGAAAGAAGAGGAGACUGCUAGCAACCUUCCCUCCACCCCAGCUCUGUCCCAUUCCCGAAUCUUGAAAGGGUCGAUUUUGAAAAAGGGCUCUUUCGGCUUCCCCAAACCCUGAUCUUAUUGCCAAUAUGACUCUAAUCUUAACACAGGGGUGCUAUAGACCUAUAUAUAGCCAAUGACAAACAAAUUAGAUCCCAAAUAUACAAUCCAAUGAAUCUUUAACCUAACGGGCGCUGAGUUGGGGUUCCGCAACAGCUGGACGGCCACGUUUGCCUACCCCUGUCUUAGCAGGUCGAUGUAAAGUUGGCAGAUGUUUACAUGCGUUUCUGAUUCUGCUUUACAAAUGCAUACUUCGUCCCCGCCUACUGGAGACAUCCAAAUAACGCGUAAAAACCCUAUGUGCCGACUGGAUGCCAUAUCCCACGUGCACAAAGCGAAUGUCCACUUUGUGUGGGUCACGUGUGCACAUUUGGCGGAGGGCGCUCAAGUGUCGAGAGAUCAAGUGAUGAAUGUGCAUGCUAGUGUUCAUGCAUGGGCCAUAUCUGGGUACGUGGGUGAGCAGUUUGCAAGCCAUUAGUAAGUCAUGUGUAGAGCAUGUCUGCCGCGGGCCAGACUUGAGGAAGCCAUGUUGAGUUCAUGAGUGCAUCAUAAGCAAUGUAGUGUAAAGCAGGUGUUAAACCAUGAGUAAAGCAGGUGUAAACUAUGUGUGACAUAUAACUUCCUGAAUAAUUUCAUGUAAACCAUGUGCCAAUGGCGUUCAGUCUCUUCCAAAAAGAAAAAGAAAAAUAUCAUGAAUAUCACGUGCUAAGCAUGUGGAUACCUGGUGCAAACCACAUCUAGUCCCCUGGACUAAACAUAUGUGUAAACUGUGUGUCAACCCAUGUGUACACCAUGUGUAAGUCACAUGAAAAUUCACAUGUAAUACAUGUCAGUGCUAAUUAAAACAUGCAUAGACACACGUGAGCCAGUAUGUGCUCAUGGUGUCAUUUGGGAGUAAGCUUAUUAUGAGUCUCCAUAUUUACACCUUGUUGUACUGGGACAGCAUAGCUUGACUAGUAUCCUAAGCUGAUGAUAACUUUUUAGUUUAUAAAGCAGACGACAAGACAUUCUCAGUCUAUGUGUGACGCGCAAUAACACAUUAUAAAAGUGUGGAGUGUGCAAACAACGUGUAAACUUCUAAUGCCCAUGUAAACAAAGAGUUCUUUAAAACAGUUGCAAUUGUAUAAACUAUAUGUAAACAAGGCAUAACUCUGUGUAAAGCACUCGUAAAUGCUGUAUAAAGUGCAUGCCGAUGAAGAAGUGCAAACUCAUUAUAAAGCAUAUGCAAACACAUUGUAAAGCACAGGCAGAGCAAGGUGUGAACUCCGUGUAAAUCGUUUGAAAAAGCAACAUGUGCACUCUGUGUAAAGCAUGUGUAAGCAGGGUGUAAGUAUUUUCCAAAAUGUCACACCGUGUAAAGUAUGUGCAAACAAGAGAGGAUGUAAAUGAUUUGUGGCGCACACGUAAGCCAGAUGUAAAAUAGUUGUAAAGUGUGUGUGUGUUGCAAAGAGUCCAGGGCGCUUUGCAAAUCAGGUGUAAACAAUUCAUCACGCAUGUGGAAACAGAGUGUAAACUCUAUGGAAAGCUCGUGGGAAGCCAUUGUUAGCGAGGUGUAUGUCUGAGGCGAUUUUAAAAAUGACAUGGCGAAUGGUCUGUGUAAACUGGGUGUAAUUUUGGGAGCAAGGGUUUGCAAACCAGGAGUAAACCCUUUGCAAACUAAAAGAAGAUGGGAGGGGGGCAAAAAUGCCUCCAAGCUUUACACAGACUUUACACCUUGUCUGCACGUGUGAUUACUUGUGCCAGCCACUAAUUAAUAUGCACCAUGUCAGUAUUGUAAAACUUGAGGGGGGGAUUCCUUUUUUUUUCUUUCCCCCUAAGGGGAGAGUGUGAGUGAUUUCUGAUGGAGUGGGUGGUUCUCAAAAGCACUGUAGGUUGCUUUUGAGACUGACGUUAGGAAGGAAAACUGAUUUGUGGAGGUUGUCUGCUGUUCUCGGCAAAAAAGAUCAGCGUUUCAAACCACACUGCAGGGCGGCUGCAUAAAGAGAGGUGGCCUCUGGUUCGGAAAAGGGUUGUUAGUUUAUCGUCUAAGGCCCGGUGGCUUUAACAUGUUCGGGAGAUCUAUUACAUCAAAUGAGCCAGGUGCAGUGGUCAGCACAAGAGCAGGCAAGGCAGUUUUUUUUCUGGUAAGUUGGCAGUCCCAGCUGACCACACACACAGAGUGCCUAGUGUCUGUCAUGGGUCUAGAGAGGACUAAACAGUUGUUGGUCCUGCCUCCUGUGCAAUUGUUAAAGGCACAGAUCUUCUUCCUGUAAAGAAGGUGGCCACUCUUGAUAGAAGAAAUGAAGCAGAGUCUUGUGAGGAAUAAUGAAGGGAGUUACGGGAACUGAACCAGAUCAAAGAUGGAGGUGCAGCAGCAGGACCACAAAGACGUGCGAAAGCUACAGGAGGCAUGGCAGAAGAGAAGAGGCAGGAAGAGAGAAAGGAGGCUUGAGUAGGGCAUACCAUGGCUGGGCAGGGUUAUGUUCUCAUGUGGAACUCAUUGCCUCAAGAAGUGGUGAUGAUGGCCACAUGCUCUGGCCUGGUCUGCACAGGCAUCUGGAUCAGUGGGAUGGACUGUAUACUAGAUGGUGGUGUUUUUUAAUGCUCUCCUACCAGGAAAAUUCCCUACAGGUAGAGCAACAAGUAUCACAGAGAACAGGAGGGACUGGGACCCCUUCUCCCAGGGGUUUUGUGUGUCUUUUUAACGAACAGGGAAUUUUUAAUGUGGAGGGGCAUUCCAAAAUGGCAUCUCCCUCCUGCUCGUGGAGCAGAACAAUCCAUUCUACAGCCACAGGAUGCUACCACGACCACCUCAUCCUGCAGCAUUCAUUGACCAGGCCUCCGAUGGCUUGUAAGAAGCAUUUUACCGAUUCGUGGGAAACAGGUCUUUCAAGAUGGCUGUCAGCCGAAUUCAUGAAGAAUGGAACUGCCAUGUGAAGGAGCAGUGGAUCCUUGAUCACCAGGUGCUGGGAGAGGGGGCAGAAACCAGGAGAAGCCAUCACCGACUUGUGAAGCCUGAUCUACACAUGCCUCAGAAUGAGGUGGCGGUAGAAUCCUGUGGCAGCAGAGUGGGCUGUACUGUGCCACGGGCAGGAGAGAGAUGUCAUGUUGGAAUAAUCCCCCCAUGUCGAAAGCUUCCUGCGGAUAAAAAAAAUUAGCACUUCGGAGAGAGACGUUCUAACUUAGCCUAUUCCCUGAAGAGCUCGGUUUCUCCUUGCAGGGAGCAUUCGAAAAUAAUAUGAUCCACCUGCGCUCAGAAGCGGUACAGUCUAAUCUACCAUGUUAGGACUCUACCACCUCAUUCUCCUGCACGGGUCGGCCAGGCCGUGCUUCCUGAAGGCCGUUCACACGUUACGUUCAACCCGUGGGCUCAGUCUGAUCCUGAGGAGUUCGUAAUGCAGCAGAGAGAGACGGGAAAGGAGUGAAUGAAAAAGGGGUCGUCAGGGAGCAUGGACACUUUUAGAACAGGGAUGGCCAAGCUGAGGUUCUCCAGCGGUUGUUGGACUACAACUCCCAUCAUCAGCUGCCACAGUGUUGGCAGGGGAUGAUGGGAGUUGUAGUGUGGCAGCAGGUUGGCCACCCUGGUCUAGAAAGCGCAACCAAAUUGUCGAGAGCAGGCCAGUUGGGUCACUCACUUCAUCAGUGGUCUGCCCCACUCCAUCACUGUCGCAGAGGUUAGGGUGUGGGGCUAGAGGUCAGCUGGGCAAGGGAGGGGGCAUGUUUGGUGGAUGCUGUACCUCAACGUUUUAAAAAAUGACAAAAAAUAUUGUAAAAAAAAAAAAAGACACACUUUAUUGCAAGCAAAACAAACCACCUUGUCUUCCAUCUCAUGCGGCCCCUUGGGGGCCACACCCAUCGCAGGGAAGUCGUACCCAUCCCGAAGAGGUGGGAUUCGAACCCAUAUCAAGGGGCUCGAAGCCCACCUCUGAGGGGGUGACUUGACGGCUGCAUUCCUGAUUCCUUGGGUUAUUUUUUUAAUUUAUUUAUUAUUUUUGCCAAAUCCAUGAGGAAAAAAAAAUACAAAUUAAAGUACUUAAAAAAUAUCUUUCUUUUUCCAAUAAAAUCAAAUAAAACAAUGAA